AUGUACCAUCAAGCCCCGCCCACACUGGUGCAGUUGGCGGCUCGGAGCCUGCUGAUGAACCAGGCCUUGGCUAUCUCGGCUCUGGAGGACCUGCCUGUGGAGCUCUUCCCUCCACUGUUCAGGGAGGCCUUCGCCAGGAGAUGCACAGAAGCGCUGAAGGCCCUGAUCCAGGCCUGGCCCUUCCCCUGCCUCCCCCUGGGGGCGCUGAUGGAGGCGUCAGACUUGGAGGCCUUGCAGGUUGCCUUGGACGGGCUGGACAUGCUGCUUGCUCCGAAGGUUUGGUCCCGACGAUGGAAACUGCAAGUUCUGGAUUUGAGGAACCUGCAUCACAACUUCUGGAAGCUUUGGGCCGGAAACGAGCCCUAUGUCUACCCAGCACAGGCCAAGACUAAGAGGCAGAAGAGUCCAGCAGAGGAGAAUGGGGCAGGGAUGGAGGCAAAGCCACCCUUGAAGGUGUUUGUGGACCUGAGCCUCAGGCAGGCAGCCCUGGACCCAUUCUUCUCCUACCUCCUCCUGUGGGUGGAGCAGAGAAAGGCUUUAGUGCAGCUGAGCUGUAAGAAGUUGAAGAUCAUCACCCCAUACGUGCACAGGGUCAAGAACAUCCUGGACAAGGCUGCAGCUGGCCUGUCCGGAUGGGAAAUCUUCGCAGCCUCCUCCUCUCCCACGUCCACCGGGCCGCCUCCAUUGCCCCAGAGGAGCAGGAGCGGCUGGUCCUGCAGUUCACCUCUCAGUUUGCCCACCUGGGGCUGCCUCCAGGAGCUGUCCAUGGACUCUGUCUGCUUCCUGGAAGGCCGCCUGCACCAGGUGCUCAGGUUCCUGAGGACCCCGCUGGAGUCCCUCUCAAUAACCGACUCUCGGCUCUCAGAAUCAGACUUGACGUGUCUGUCGCAGAGCCCGAGCAUCCCCCUGAGCCCCCUCCGAGUUCUGCUGGAGAGCGUCGCGGCCACCGUGAAGACCCUGGACCUGGAGGACUGCGGGAUCCGGGACGCCCAGCUCACCGCCAUCCUGCCCGCCCUGAGCCGCUGCUCCAGCCUCACCACCUUCAACUACCUGAGGAACCCCGUGUCUGUGACCGCCCUGGAGGCCCUGCUGGUCCACACUGUGCACCUGAGCCACUUAAGCCUGGAGAUGUAUUCUACUCCUCUGGAGGUCUACGGCCCCCAGGGUGGCCAGCAACAGUGGAGACUCAACCAACUUCGUGAUAAGCUGAUGGUGAUGGUGGAGUCAUUAAGACAGUCCAGAACAGUCUGGUUCACUGCCGCCACCCAAGACUUCAUCAUGUGUUCCCGAAGUGGGGGCCAGGAUGCUGGGUGGAUCCUGCUGCAUGACCCCCCAGUUGUGCUCAGUCUGCUCCAGGUGCUUUAUGACAUAGUACAGAACAGACCAUCAGCUGCCUGGACAAGCUACAUGGGGGCAGCAGGCAGUGAGGGCAAAACCCACAGUUCUAGCCACCGCUGGGGUUUGAGAGCCCGAGGCCUUGCUGCCAACCCGCUUUGCUUCAGGGCCAAGUACACCAAAGCCAGCGACUCCUGUGUCCUGACUUGGCACCAGAUCCAGUGGUAG